GGCGAACAAGAAGAACAAGAACAAGUCCAAUGUAGUGGUGUUUAUUAUUCCUUGAAAAUAUGCAGGUUGGAACAGCCCACAGUAUCGGCAACCCCAAUGAAGCUUGGCUGGAUAGCAGAGGAGCAUGGCUAACUUAUAUUUUAUUGAUAAUAAUCGGUCAUCUUGUGAUUUUAAGUGUGCCAUUCCUCGAUACAGCCACCGCCUGGACCAUCACUAAUACUGUACAUAACGUGUCUGUGUUUUUAGUUCUACAUUACUUAAAGGGUACUCCAUUUGAAACAUCUGAUCAAGGAAGAUCUAGGCGUCUAACACAUUGGGAACAGAUUGACCAAGGAACACAGUUUACCCUUACAAGAAAGUUUUUCACCCUUGUUCCUAUAUUGCUGUUUAUGAUCACCAGCUUUUACACAAAUUAUGAUGGUGUCCACUUUCUAGUUAAUGCUGUCUCUUUGGUUGUUUUAUCUCUGAUACCAAAGUUUCCUCAGAUGUACAAGGUCAGGCUGUUUGGUUUGAACAAAUACUAAAUGUCAUUUAACUACAGUUGAUUGAAGUAUGGAGGUCUAAAAAAUAUCUUAUAUUAUGCAAAAAUUCCUUUACAAUGCAAUGGUUUGUGUAAAGAAAAAAUUGAUUUGACUGUGGAGAGUGAAAUGCAUGGGCAAUAUAUGCUUAUGCAUGAGUACAUUAUUUUAUACAUCAGCUUUAUCAAUUUCAUAAAAUAACACUCUGUUCCUUGAGUACAGUUUCUCAGGGUUAGCUUCAUUUAAGUGUCAAAAUAUUAGAAAAAUAACAACCGUUGGUAAAGUAAAGAAUGCACCAGUUAUGUCUAAUAUACGAAAACUUUGUAAUUCCAUGCACCUUCACUGGAACACAUGAAUAUUUGACAUAACUUUAAGGCUAACCCUGAGCAACAAGGAUAUUCAAAACUGUAUUAUUGGUCAAAGAAAAUCUUACCUUACUGUGAAAAGUUGAAGUGCUUGGCAUUAGGUCUUGGUGGAAAAUUCACAAUUGGCAUAAAUGAUGAUGAUUGAGCUGGCAUUUUCUUAUCAGUGAGACACUCUUUUCUGCCAAACGUUAUAAGGUGUGGUAUCAACAAUUUAUUUUUUUGCACAGUCUGUUAGCUAGGUAUAAUUAUUUAUGUGAUUUGUGCUGAAGUUUUAUGUAAAAAUUAUGUUUCAAAACUCCAGCAACAGUCUUUUAAUAGGAAUUAUUGGUAUAAGCUAAGUUAAUUUAAGUUGAUCAAAUCUAUCGUUAUUACAAAGUUUAUUGUGCCCUUAAUUGACAAAAGAUAUAGGUGUAAAUCCUUGCACAUGUAUAACAUGGAUGAUAUAACACUUUGGACAUUCCCAGCAGGUCUGGGAACUUAGGGGCUGAGACCCCGAUUAGCUCGUUCAUGUGAAAAUACUUCCUGGAGAAAAUGCAGAUUGUGUAUCUUUUGUUAACAAGGGUUGCAGKGACUAUUAUAGUAUAAAACAGUUGUGAUUUGUGAUUUCAUUAUGGUUUUUCUAUUACCAUCGUUUGCAUCUAUGCACGAGUACCAGACAUCAAAAUACAUGUAUGCUUUAUAACUGGCUUCUAAAAAGUUUUUGUGAAAGUCAAAGAGACUUUCUUGACAAACAUUUCAGUAAGAAAAGUUUUUGAUGUCUGGUGUUUGUCCCCUAGAUGCAAACGACAGUAUUGAUGCAAGUAUAGAAGUAAAGUUGAGCUUGGACUAGAAAUGAUGUUGCAAGAAUGAAAAUCGCAAAUUCUGGAAAAUUUGUUUAAUGUAUUUGUUUAUCUGCUCUGUUAGCCUACUUUUGCAUGGUGUGCAGGCCUUUUCUUGGUUGGUUGAUGCAAAGAUCUUCUCCGUCAAAAACCAGAUCCAACCAGGAACAUAGCAAUAUAAACCACUUUUUGCUUGCUCAACCUAAGUUAAAUACGUUCCUUCGAUAUUAUUAGGGAGAGACAAAAUGGAGUGCUUAAUAUAUCUGUCAUAUUGUAAGAGUGGUGAAAAGCCUUGAAGAUCUCUUUUCCAGAGUUCAAUGCAACACUCAGCCACAUUUCUGCAAAGCUUUGUAAGGAAGACAUUACACGUAUCUUGACAGGGUAAUGCAGCUUGCGUGUGGUCUUAAAUUGGGGUUUGAACCAAUAAAAAACAUUUUCACAAGAAAUUUGUUCAAAUUUUAGGAGAAGAAAAGUGGUUAUAACCCAAAGUGGGUAGAGAACUAGUGCAAGGGGUCUAAAGGAGGAAAACGCGGCCAAUAGAAUCCUACUUAUAAGUAUAUUUGAAAUUCAAGGUUUUAAAUUUUGUCAUCAAAUUUUAGCUGCAAAGGAGAUUGUUUCAGGGGGAUGAUUAUAGAAUGUGGACAGUCAAGCUCUCUUGCAGUGGCGGAUCCAGGGGGGGUCGAAGAGGUCCACGGAACCCCCGGCCUUGAAGGUUUGAUCUUUUAGGUAAUAGAAAUAUGUCUUAUAUAGAUUUCAAUUAAAAAAAAGUAGUUUUGCGUUGGGUCGUGUUAUUAUAGCUUGGUCCGUUACUAGAUAGUAAAUUAGGUGAUUAGAGCCAAUUUUUUGUCAAAUAUCGACUAAACAAAAGAGAAUUAUACACAGUUUAAGAAACGGAACCCCCCUUUGAAAAAUCCUGAAUCCGCCACUGUCUUGGACUCAAGAUUUUGCCUUAUUAGUUCAGUUAACGUUAUUUAUCAUUAUUUUUGAUAUUGAUUUUUUGAAUAAAAGUCUGCAAGGGAUAGAGGAAAUUGGGAAUGUGAUGCUAGAUAUUAUUAUAUUAAUUACUACAAAUGAGUAUGUAAAAGAUGUCUUGUUUACUAUUGUUCUUGAUUUGAUAUCAGUGUAAUAAAAAUGCUAUAUUAUUGACUCGUA